GUUAUCAGUAAUAAGAAUAGCAUCCCCAAUAAAAAUUUUAAAUUUCACGAAAUUACUAAUGAUUUAUUCGGUGUUCUUUUCACUAGUAGGUACAUUUUAAGGAAUAAUUUCAUCCAACAGCAUGUAAUUGUUAUGUUGUUUAUGUUGAAGCUCCUACAUUUUUAAUUAUAGCUGAGGAAAAAAAAUGUCGAAUACUAUCAAUAGCAUUGUGGUAAUAUGUGUAAUACAAUUUUCAUUAAACAUUAACGGGGUGUGUAUCUUUUUCUCUAUUGAUUCUUUAAAUCUGGGAUUGCUAUUAUUAUUACAUUUUUUCUAACUGUAAACUGAAAUAAUUUUUAUAAGGUAAGAUAUGCCGAAAGAAAACGAGCAGAUUCAGUCGUUAUUCUGCCAGAUGCGUAUAAUAAACCAAAGGAUCACUUGGAUCUUAUGAGAUAUAUUAAAAGUGUCAGUGAUCAUGCCAAUACACUGCCCCUUCUGUACCACCAUAAUCCUACAAUAACUGGUAUCAAUAUAAACAUGACAAAACUUUUGAACGACAUAAUUGGGGAAAUAGACACGUUUGUUGGAAUAAUAUUUAGCGAUAACAAUCUUAGUGAAGCCGUGUCAGCCCUUCAAGUAAAUGAAAAUAAAUUCACAGUCAUUAUAGGCAGUGAUGAGAUAAUGGUAGGAGCUUUUGCAAGUGGCUUUAAUACAUUAAUGGGUACAACCCUUAAUUUUCUUCCGAAAGUUGCCCAAACUAUUCACGAAGCAGUGAAAUUGGGUGUCAUUAAGGAGGCAAGGGAGUCUCAGCUUCUUUUAACAAACACCAUUUAUGCUAUUUGUCGGCAAGGGGAUUGGAUACCAGCGAUGAAAGCAGCAAUGAACUUAAUGUCGCCAAUUUUUGUGGGCCCCGUUAGAGGUCCCUUAGUAGACGUAUGGCUUGCGAAAAUUCAAAAAAUGAAAGCAGAACUUCAGCAAUUAAAAGUGAUUACAUAAUUUUAAUGUUAUUUAUA